CCCCCCCCCCAAUUAUAUCACAAAUAAUAUAUGUUUGAGUUUUAAUCAAAACAAAAAAAACAAAAAACUGUGGUUUAUUCUUUUGUAUUAUAGUUAAAUUUGAAUGGAUUAUUUCUUGAAUAAAUAGAAAAAACUUAAUAAAGCAAGAAAAAAAAAGUAAAGCAAAAAAGUCAUAAUAAGGCAAUAAAACAUGAUAAUUUAUUCGAUUUAACUUAAUAAUAGAUAUUCACGAUUUAUUCAAUAUAAAUACAUAUAAUGUUUCACUUGAUUUCAUCUUUUAAAAUAACUAAUGUUAUAUGAUCAGAUUAAUUCAAAAUAUCUUUUCUUUAUGUUCUAUAAAACAAAUAAGUAAUGACUUCGAAUAUUAAAAAUUUUGGAAAGUUUCUUAAAAAUAAUUUUACUGUUGAAAAACAAAAGGUCAAUAGUAAUUUAAAUAAAAUAACUGUCGUUUCCAAAACGGGAGAAAAUAAUAAUCAACUAUCUCAAUAUAAUGAAGAAUCAUCAUUAAACAUUUCCAAUUCGGGUUUCGUACCAGUUACAUCGACAAAAAGAAAAUUAGAAAACCGUCAUAUUCAGUUAAUUGGUAUUGGAGGAGCAGUUGGUAUCGCCAUUUAUCUUGGUAUUGGAAAGGGUCUUUAUAUCGCUGGCCCAUUAUCUUUAUUUCUUGCAAUGGUAAUUUGGUGUUUUCCAAUCUGUUUUAUAACGGUCUCAACAGCUGAAAUGGUUUGCUAUUUACCUAUUUCAUCUCCAUUCAUUAGAUUGGCAGGAAGAUGUGUUGACGAUGCCUUUGAAUUUAUGGCUGGUUGGAAUUUUUGGUUUUUAGAGUGUUCUAUGAUUCCAUUUGAAAUAACUGCUGCUAACAGUAUUGUUCAUUAUUGGAGAGAUGAUUACUCAGCUGCAAUUCCUUUAGUCAUUCAAGCUGUUUUAUAUUUUUUGAUCAACGUAUUUGCAGUUAGAUAUUAUGGUGAAACUGAAUUUUGGUUUUCUCUAGGUAAAGUUAUUUUAAUUCUUCUUUUAAUUGCUUUCACUUUUGUUACCAUGUGUGGUGGUAAUCCCAUCCAUGAUGCUUUUGGUUUUAGAUAUUGGACAAAACCUGCUCUUAUGAAUGAAUUUUAUAAAACUGGAAAUCUCGGUAGAUUUUUAGGUUACUUGGCGGCUGCAAUUAGAUGUUGUUUUAUUGUCGCUGGCCCAGAGUAUGUCUCAAUGGCAGCAGGAGAAACAAUAAACCCAAGAGUCACUCUUAAAAAGGCUUUUAAACAAGUCUUUUAUAGAUUAACUUUUUUCUUUGUUGUUGGAACAUUUUGUGUGUGUACUAUCGUUUCAUCAAGAGAUCCAAUUUUAGUAGGAGCUAUUACAGAAGCCAAACCUGGUGCUGGAGCCUCUCCAUAUGUCGUUGCUAUGCAAAAUAUGAAAGUCAAAGUAUUGCCAGAUAUUGUUAAUGUUGGUUUGAUUCUUGCAGCCUUUUCAGCUGGUAACUCUUAUACUUAUUGUUCUUCUCGUUCAUUAUAUGGUAUGGCAUUAGAUGGAAAAGCUCCAAGAUUUUUGAGUCAUUGUACUAAGACUGGCGUGCCAAUUUAUUGUGUAUUGAUCUCUUUAUCUUGGGCAUUAUUAUCCUUCUUGCAAUUGGGAGAAAAUUCAGCAACUGUUUUAGACUGGAUUAUUAAUUUGGUAACAGCAUCACAAUUGAUUAAUUUUUGUGUUUUAAGUACCACUUAUAUCUUUUUCUAUAAAGCAGUUAUUGCACAAGGCAUUGAUAGAAAUGCUUUUACUUUUAAAGGUUGGUUUCAGCCAUAUUUAGCAUAUCUUGGAUUGUCAGCAACAUUUACUAUGGUAUUUGUUAGUGGUUAUACUGUAUUUCUUCCUUCAUGGUGGUCGGUCAAAGAUUUCUUAUUUUCAUAUAUUAUGGUAUUCUUGGAUAUUGCAUUUUAUUUUGGAUACAAAAUAAUUAAAAAAACAAAAAUAAAGAAACCAUUAGAAGUUGAUUUAAUAACAGGAUUAGCUGAAAUCGAGCAACACGAAAAGGAAUAUUAUGAAGAACUAGAAUUGAAUAAAGAUAAACUCAAGAAAUGGUAUAACCACUUAUCAAGAUUUUUGUUUGGUGGUUAAUUUUUUUGUUUACUCUAUCUUUUUGUAUUUUAUUAUUUUUUGUUUUAAUUUUUUG